AUGGCCGAGCAACUCGUUAUCCGUGGCACCCUUGAGGGUCACUCCGGCUGGGUCACCAGCUUGGCUACCAGCCUGGAGAACCCCAACAUGCUCCUGUCUGGCUCCAGAGAUAAGACCCUAAUCAUCUGGAACCUCACCCGCGAGGAUGAGAACUACGGCCAGCCCAAGCGAUCUCUCCACGGCCACUCCCACAUUGUCUCCGACUGCGUGAUCUCAUCGGAUGGUGCAUAUGCCCUCUCCUCGUCCUGGGACAAGACUCUCCGCCUGUGGGAGCUGUCCACUGGCAACACCACCCGCACUUUCGUUGGCCACACCAACGAUGUCCUCUCCGUCUCCUUCUCCGCCGACAACCGUCAGAUCGUCUCUGGCUCGCGCGACCGAACAAUCAAGCUCUGGAACACCCUUGGCGACUGCAAGUACACCAUCACCGACAAGGGCCACACCGACUGGGUCUCUUGCGUUCGCUUCUCUCCCAACCCUCAGAACCCCGUCAUCGUCUCGGCUGGUUGGGACAAGCUUGUCAAGGUUUGGGAACUCGCCUCUUGCCGCAUCCAAACCGACCACAUUGGUCACUCCGGCUACAUCAACACCGUGACUAUCUCUCCUGACGGAUCGCUCUGCGCCUCCGGUGGCAAGGACGGCACCACCAUGCUUUGGGAUCUCAACGAGUCCAAGCACCUCUACUCCCUGCAGGCCGGCGACGAGAUCCACGCCCUGGUCUUCUCUCCCAACCGCUACUGGCUGUGCGCCGCCACCACCUCCUCCAUUACCAUCUUUGAUCUCGAGAAGAAGAGCAAGGUUGACGAGCUCAAGCCUGAGGGUCUGGAGAAGGGCAAGAAGAGCCAGGAGCCUUACUGCGUGUCUCUUACCUGGUCCGCCGACGGCCAGACUCUGUUCUCUGGCUACACCAACAACAAGAUCUACGCGUGGGGUGUUAUGUCGCGGGCUUAG